AUGGCUUCAUCACUACUUCCAAUCAAAGGUGCUGGCUUCAGAAGAGAGAACCAAAUGUUCUGGCUCAUUGAUGAAGAGAAAAUGUUGUCCGAAAUCCAAGAGGAGAAGCAAACACUAGAAGAAUUAAAAGCGACUAUGGAAAAAUACCUCCCAAUCUCACCAAAUGAGGCUAUUAUCCAAGAAUCUUCAGAGGAAGAUGGAGGUUAUUUUAGAAACAUGUCUUCAAAAGACAAAGGUUACUUCACAUCACUAAGUUUUCUCUCAAGCAACCUCCAGCCCCAGGCAUAUAAGCAGGCAUUGGAAAAUAUCAGAGGUGCCAAGAACAACAUCAGAAAACUCUUGUACCAUCUCUGUGAACCAAUUGAGUUGACUUAUCAAAGCAAGCAAGGUUCUGAGGAUGGGCAGAAUUGCCAUAAGGCCCUAUUUGAGCUGUGGAUCAAGUGGAGUAGGAGUCCGUCCAAAAAUGUGGAUGGUGAUACACAGCUCCUGGAAAUCCAAGCUCUGAACAUUUCCCAAGGAAUUGCCCUGAAAUUACAGUCUGCCUUCAUGGACCUUAUGCCUAAAGUCUUAGGUCUCCCAAGCAGUCUACAAGACAAACUCCAACAGGCUUGUUAUGACAUGCAGGACUUUCAUACCACCUUCUCCCUAAGUAAUGAGUUUGAAGAUCUAGAUAAGCAUCAUCUGAUCCAGAGCCAGUUUAGGCUGACCCAAGCCCAGGGAAGUAUAGAAGAAUCAUUUUGUUUCCUAGAAGGUAAUAUUCCUUCAGAUUGGAUUGUGGGACCACUUUGCCCCACUGAAUAUCCCUUCCCAAAGAAUGAGGAUGCUAAUGAUUAG